AUGUCCGCCUUCUUCGUCGAGCUUUGGGAGUCCAUCUUCACCCCGGGCCCCACGCCCACCAUCCUCCGUGCCACCAACGUCACCUUCGCCUGCCUCCAGCUCGUGCUGGCCCUCCUGCUCGCGGCCACCUACUCCAUCCACUGCGUCGUCCUGUCCGUCCUGUGCGCGGGGCUCUGGUGGUCCGUCAACUGGUUCGCCGCCGAGCUCAAGGCCGUCCAGGAGGCCGAGCGCGCCAAGGAGGAGAGGGAGGGUACAAGCGGCGCCGACAAGGACAAGGAGAAGAGGAGGAGGGGGGAGCUGGACACGGGGGAGAGUGACACGGAAGUCGAGGUGGACACGGGCAGGAUCCCCGCGUCCGCCGAUGCUGUCUCCUCCGUGGUCGAGGUUGUGGCUCCCGAGGGGGAGUUGAAGAAGCGCGGCGAGGAUACGCCGGCCGGCACCCAGUCCAGUGCGAGCACGGAGGAUGAGUGGGAGAAGGUUUCGGAGAGCGAGAAGGAGAAGGACAAAUAA